CAUAUUACCGUCCAUAUGAUCAGAACGGGGUUUAGUAUGCCUGACCAACUGGCGCAGUGGUUUGAAAGCACUGAAGGCCGCAUCGGGCUGCGACGAGCGUUCCAAUUUAUCGGACACCAUGGCACGUAAGCAUGGCUUGGCAAAAUUGAAUAUAACGGAGGCCAACCAGCAGCAUCCACCCCCGGAGCCAACGCCUCGAGGUCUAGAUAAGGUGGCAGUGUUGAAAUACGAAGAUGGAGAGGAGGUGCCUACCACGGCGUUACAGUUACAGCUUGUGAGACACUUGGGCAAAGGAAGCUUCGGCGAAGUGAAGGAGAUGUACCACCCUCAGAGCGGCAAGAGAAUGGCCGUGAAGUUCAUCACUCGCAAGACGAAAGAUCCGCUAGACGAGAAACGCCUGCUGAUGGACCUAGACAUGACGAGAAAGGCUGCCGCGUGUCCGCAUUCUGUGUUUUAUUACGGCGCCAUGUAUAUGGAAGGCGAGCUCCUCAUUUGCAUGGAGAUGAUGGACCAUUCACUGGAUAAACUAUACAGAGAAAUACGCGACACGCUUCACCGGCGAAUUCCCGAGCCCGUCGUGGCCCGAGUAGCUAUCUCGAUUCUCUCAGCCCUGAGCUACCUCAAGGAAGCACACAACGUCAUCCACCGUGACGUCAAGCCGGCUAACAUGCUCAUCGACUCGGAGGGCAACAUCAAGAUCUGCGAUUACGGCGUCAGCGGGGUGCUCAUCAACUCCUUGGCCAGAACUGCCGACGUGGGCUGCUAUAACUACAUGGCUCCAGAACGCAUCGACCCAAGACGAAAUCAAUCCACCGCAUAUGACAUCCGCUCAGACGUCUGGAGCCUAGCUAUCUCGCUCGUGGAGCUAGCGUGCGCAGCAUUUCCCUAUCCUGGCAUCACAAAUCACUUCGAGGCCAUGAUAAAGAUUGUGUAUGAACCAGCGCCGACCCUGCCAGCGAACGGGACGUUCUCGCAGUAUUUCAUCGACUUCACACAGCUGUGCCUGAAAAAGGACAGGGACGAGCGACCCAAGUACCAUGCUCUCCUGGAACACGCCUUUCCUAGCAAGCAUGAUGAAGCCCACUACGACGUCGGAGAGUGGUAUCGCUCGACGGUAGGCGAGAUGCAGACGAGAAAGGCGGCUCCUGGUGCGGCGAAUGUGGGAUCCGCGUCGCCAGUAGCACCGGCAGCAGCGGCAGCAGCGGCACUAGCUGCAAGUGCUGCAUCACUAUCAGUGGCAGCACCACUAUCACUAGUAUCAGGGGCAGCACCACCAUCAGGGGCAGCACCACCAUCAGGGGCAGCACCACUAUCAGUGGCAGCACCACUAUCACUAGUAUCAGGGGCAGCACCACCAUCAGGGGCAGGUUCCCUAGCAGGAGCACCAUCGCUAGCAGCGGCAGGAUCCUUAUCAGUGGCAGAUUCACUAUCAGUGGCAGGUUCCCAACCAGGGGCAUCAUCGCUAGUAGCGGCAGGAUCCCUAUCAGGAUCAGCAUCGCUAGGAGGAGCGUCAAUAUCAGGUGUCGCGUCAUCGCUAGCCGGAUCAGCGGCACCAUCAGUAGCCGGAUCAGUGGCGCCAUCAGUAGCCGGAUCAGAAGCAGGAUCCGUGGCAGGAUCACAGGGCGUGCCAGAACCAGUGCUAUGGGGAUACACAGCACCAUCAGCAGCAGGAUCCGCAGCACCAUCAGCAGCAGGAUCCGCAGCACCAUCAGCAGCAGGAUCUGUAACACCAGAAUGGCAGGGCGUGCCUGAGCCUUGGGGCGAAGACUUUGAGUGGCUGAUAGACCCUAACGAACAGAACUGACAACAGCCAUCAUAUCAACCACCAAGGAAACCUGACAACAGCCAUCAUACCAACCACCAAGGAAACAACCCCCUACCUUGCAUGCAACCAACAUAAUUAUUAUGAGUGCUGGAAAAUCGAAGAAUAUUAAUUUUGUAUUUGGUCACGUGAUGCCAUGCAGAAUGCCCCAAGGACCGAGCUAGGGCAUGCUGGUGCUAACGGGAUUCCAGAGAAAACGGAAAGAGCCAAAAUCGAAUGUCAUUUCCAUGCUGCUCUGCGGUGAUUUUCUGACCGAUUCUAAGUUUUAUGAAAGGUACCGGUGAAACCGUGAUGUACAUGUACCGGUAUGUUUUGACAAGGAACAAUCGUGCUGGUUGGUCGAUCUAGAAAGUAUUCAUGUGUACAAUGUAUUGGCCAAACCAGAUUAAUAGUUUUUGACUUUUACUUGUGCUUGUGUGUGUAGCGAAGUAGCAUGCAGUAUGGUUUUACCUGUGUAUCUACCCGACGUCUUCGAAACACAAUGAUAAGAUGACACCAAGGUUUUUGCUUACCUCCUGAACAAUGUACAAUGUAAGUGUAUUUGUGCUCCCGUAUUUACGUACACUCGGAUACUGAGCCAGUUCUCAUGUGUUCUCUUUUUUUACCGUAUUUAUAUGAUAAUAUCGUUCCCUUGAUUCGAAACCGUCUCCGAUCAUCUUUCUUUGCCACACUCUAUAAUAAUUAUUGCAGUACGUGAAA